GACAGUUCUCAUCAGAUAUUGUUGUUGUUUUCAAUAAGCAUAAUCCAGAUUUUGCGCAAGCUGAGCAACUAAACAUGGCCCAAGUUCCCUUGGCUAUUGUGUCACACAAACGCCAGGUGUGCAGCUUGUAUAAGCGAGCUGUGCGCAAUCUGGAGGCGUGGUAUGAUCGUCGUGAAGUGUUCCGUUAUCGGGCAGUGCAGCUGCGUGCACGCUUUGAUGAUAAUCGGAAGAAGGAUCUGGCAGAGGGCAUGCGCCUUCUAGCCUGUGGCCAAAAGGAGCUCUUCGAGACAAAACAUUACCAGCCAAGAAACUUUGCUAAUAGUGCUGGCGGUUGUGCGUUUGAGCGUGAGGUCAUCCCACCAGAUUGGCUGCUGGACUACUGGCAUCCGCUGGAGAAGGCGCAGUAUCCAGAGUAUUUUGCCAAGCGUGAACAACGCAAGAAAGAAUUUGUGGUCUGGUGGGAGAAACAAUAUGGCAAACCAGAUCCCAAGGAUUUGGGACACCAUUAAACUAGCUUUAAAAUAAUGUAGUCAAAUCCAAUAUUUGUUUCUGAAGUAAAAACCAUUGGGCAAACACAA